GCCUUACACCGCGAGUCCGCCGACGUGCUUCAUCGGAGUUAAAAUUUCAAAGUCAAGGAAGUUGAUCUCCUCAAUUACCAUUACCAGCUCCCAAAUCUCAUUUCCACGCCAACACGCUAUUAAACCUCUCUUUUCUCUCUUCAACCCGCAACAACAAAUAUUUCCAUUCCAAAAAAUUCAAAACCCUAAUUUCCCGCCAAAAUGCCGUACCCCGUCAUUGUCGACGACAAUGACAUAGACGACGCCGCUUUGUGGGCCGUAAUCGAUUCCGCCGCAGCAUCCCACUCCUCAUCGAAAUCCAAAACCCUACCAACCAUCACUUAUCCCAAUCAACGCCAAUCCCCUUCUCCGGUAUCCAAACCAUCGCCGUCGCCGGUAUCGUCGCUUCCGCCGGGAAAGUUCCACCGGAUAUCGCGGGAUUCCGGCGAGGUUGUGCAGGAGUCGUGGGCUUACCGACCGCCGAGGAAGGUGGCGAGGAUCGCUGCUCCUCCAGAGGCCAACGUGAGCGGCAGCCCUCUCGCUUUGGUCAGGACCGUGGAGAGGACACCGCCAGCGAAGGCCUAUGCGUCGCCGGAGUCUUAUCUGUCGCCGGGGAUUGGAAAAUUGACAGGGCAAGAGGUGAGCGGGAGCUGCACGGAGUUGUCGCCACAGUGUUUUGGCGGCGGCGGAAGGAGGAGCGAGAAGGUAGAUGAGGAGAAGGAGAAUGGCAUGUGGCAUGGCUUGUCUGGAAGGUUUCCUUCGGUUUCUUUGUUCAAGGAGUACCAAAAUGCAGCUAUGGCGAUUUUGGAGAAAACUGAUUACACUUUGAUUUCAGGAAAGUCUUUCAUUAAAAAAACAGGUUGGAGAAAGAUAUCUUGCUACUUUAAUAUUUCUUAUGAAAUCAGAGAUAAGAACAUUGAGUUUGAUGAGAAUCGCAAUGUUCAGCGUGCUGAGUUUGUUGUUCGUGCAUACAUGCAGUAUGUUCUUGUUUGGGGUGGCAGAUUCUCAGAUGGCUGGGGCUCUUGUGAGCGAUGUGAAAAGAGAUUUCAGAAACCAAAUCAUGAUAUUCCAAGCACAGCUGAGACCAGAGCCAAAAACAAAGCUUGUCAGGUACGUCAUUUUUGGUGUGUACUUUGUCUAUUUUAUUUUGUUUUUGGUACAUUGGGAGCAAUGAGGUUUGGAUCUAAGAUUUCUUACAAACUACUCAACUAAAAGCUUUUUCAGACCAACUUAGACCACAAACAUCUAGCACGCUGUUACUUUUACAGGAUUUGCUAGGAAUUGGAGAAUACCGACCUGGUGCAACAAGUCAAGUUCAUUGAUUUUGCGGAUACAUUCUGUUCUGUUCUUUGUACUGAUUUGGUAUCCCUGAAAUAUUUUCUUUAUCCACAUGCACUAUAUAUUUGUUGGAGGGAGAAAGUAAACUAAAAAGUUGUAAAUAAAA